CUCGUCCUCGUAAUACACUCACCCACAACCCAUGUGCUCCGUAUCUCGAACUAGCACUCAGUAUACGCUGCAUUUGUACCUGGUCCAAAUCUGUACCAAAUUGGCACGCUUUCCAGAUUGGGUCGUGGACGUGAGUGGAGGAUGUGACCGUAGAUGCGGAUGUACGUAGUUGUGGACUUCACAACACUGAUUGACAACGUCGAUUGACUUUUCCCUUCGUUAUCUUCCCACCAGGGCGUUCCUUUCUCUCUCUCCUGUCAUCUUAUCCCAACCCCAUCCGAUCAUCUCAUCUCACCUCAGUGCAAACUUACGCAAUCCUGUUUGUGCCAUCACUGCGCUUUUAGAAUUUGCCAUACUUUUGUCAAUUGUACUUGUGGUUGCACAUCAAUCUCUUCGUGCCGUUUCCUCCUCCCCCCCCCCCCCCCCCCCCCCCCCCCCCCCACCCCCCUACAUACGCACGCUCCCAUCUCAGCGAACUUCCUUCCUGGCGUUGCUGCGGAUGCCACUUGUUGAUCAGCGAAUUGACACAACAUUCCCCUUUAACCGGUCUCGACUCAUCAUUGCUCGCUCCCAGAACCUUCUUCUUUCCUCGAUGCUCGUUGUUUACUGAAGGGGAACCGCCUCGGAUUUUGCCGUCGUCGUCAUCAUCGUCAUCGGUCGCGAAUCGGACUCCCUACUUCCGACCCCCCAAUCUGCCGCCUCGCGUUUCUCCUUAUUUCCCACCCCACACAUGUCGGAUGCCUCUCGUUGAAGUUGCUCUUCGUUUGCGGUUGAAACACCGUGCCCUUCGUUAAGAGCCAUGGCCCCCUCCAUCCUGAACUUCAGAGCUCUCCGUCGCCGUUCGAAAUCCAGCUUCAAAACCGAUCGCUCAAAUACCGAUGUUUCCAGCGAUGCCAGUAACGCAACCACUCCGACCCCUACAAGCGGCGCCUCAACACCCCCCUCCAUCGCCCAAAACUCCGACCCUUCUCUCAAUCUCCAAUUGAAGGAUUCCAACCAUCCUCAGGCGCGCCCGCCUCUACAGGCGGUGCCCAAUUCCCACCGACAAAGCGUGUCUGGCAUGACUGGUCUUGGCUCUCCCGUUAUUAAUGGCAAGUCGACAUUGCCCGUCUCGCCGUAUGCGCCGCGAAUUGCCAACAUCACCGAAAACGCCUGGGUCUACCAAAAGGUUCUCCUAGUACAUGGGACGAUCGGCGACCCUUCGCACCAUUCCGUCGACGGCAACCUUUCCGUAACUCGCCUUGACGAUGGCUUUCCGCCAACCUCAUGGCCCGUGGCCGACUCCCACUUCAAGGCCCUAGUUUACCUGCAGCCGGGACCCAACAAAAUCCGCUUCGACUUUUCGAGCCCGAAGCUCCCCAACAGCUCUUCUUCGAACCCAAUUCAUGCUUCACAUCUUACGGUGCACAUGCUGCCAGCCAAUAAUUCACCUCCUUUGCAACUCGCCAUCGUGGUUGCCAAGGACUCUCCUGAGACCUUUGACGCAGUCCCUGCUCGAAUCGAGCGUGAAGGCAACGGAUUGGAGACGGCAGUACGCAAGUUCCGCAUGGCCGCCUAUCUAUGGCAAGCUUUCACAGCCGAGCAAAUGUGGCGUAACAAACUUGGACGUCGCGUGUUCAGGUUUGAGGAGGAAUGGGUCCCUGGCACUUCGAAUCAGCGGGAUCGCGACAACGGAACCUUGCGCUCCGAGGCCAGAAUACACAUCAUCAGGUCGGAUAAGACGGUUGCCGAAAUUCGAGAUCUCGAGUUGGCGCAGCAAAACGAGGAGGCCAGCAUGAAGGGAGACCUCUAUGGAAUCGCUGCCGAAGCAAUCAAUCAAUACUUCAAGCCUCUUAGCGGCCAGAAGCAGUACGUUUCCGUGCUGAUGCUCGACACACAAUGGGGCACGGAGACCAAGGUCGCAGGAGGGCAUACAGCACUGGGAGGGAAUACUGGCGGCAGUCUGCAGUUGGCCAUUUUUGGAUCGCACUGUUUGCAGAGCUACCCCACGAGUUUCGAGGAGGUCGUCCCCGCAUUUACGGACUGCACUCCGACAGACCUCGACUUCGUCGCGGACAAUUGCAACCAGACAGGCAGCUCGUGGGAAACAGCCAACGUUGGAAUUGGUGCUCACUUGCACGAGACCGGUCAUCUGUUCGGAUGCCCUCACCAGGAGAACGGCGUCAUGCUCCGCGACUACUUAACACUGAACCGCAGCUUCGUGACCCGAGAGGCUUACUGCACCAGGACCAAGUCGAAGGGAGGUUUGGUGCUGCAGGCUGACGAGUGUGGCUGGCACCGAUUGGACUGCUUGCGUUUCCGCGCCCAUCCGUGCUUCAGGUUGCCAAACGACCCUCCAAUGAACGCCGACGACAGCGUGCAUGCUUUUCCAGUGGAGAGUGGAAAUGUGGUUGUGAUGGCGGCGACAGGCAUUGCCUUUAUCGAGCUUCUUGCCGACGAUGAUGACUUUUGUCGACAGUGGAUCGAAUAUCCCAUCGAGAACGGCCCAGUUCAACGUCAACUUACCUUGAACGAUCGCGAGCUGCGGGAGAGGCUCCCGGAGAACAAGCGUAAGGGACGACUCCGGGUUUCGGUCAAAUCACACGGCGGUGGUGCAUUGGAUAUUGACAAUUUCAAAAAGCUUUGUUCCAAGGAGUCGUCGUUCAAGCUGACGCCUGGUCCGCUUGGCAAGACAGCCUACCGAGGCAAAGCUCUCGGGAACUCCGCCAUGCAAGGCGCUGUUUCACAGGAGGUUGUCUUUGAUAGUGCCGUCAAGCAGAACCUGGUACUGUCGCGGGUAAUCUUAUAUCACGAAAAUGCCGUGAACGGCAUUGAAUUCGUCUACGACGACGACUCAACACAGCUAUUUGGCAAAAGAGGAGGCAAAGAAGGCGGCGACACGUUCGAGUUUGACAUUCGCCGCGGGGAGUAUAUCUCAGGCUUUUACGUUCGCUCAGGAUCCUGGAUUGAAGCUAUUCAAAUUCUUACUAGCCUGGGUAGGAGGUCGCCUGUGUAUGGCAAUGCCCACGGUGGAUCUGCACAUACUUUAAUCCCCCCGAGAGGAUACACCAUCUGUGGUGUAGCAGGCUCUUGCGGCGCCUGUGUUGAUGGGUUUUCGAUCCUUAUUGUCCGAUGAGGGUCUUAUCAUCCUUGGCAGGUGACGUCCCAGGGCAACUCGAUUGUAUUUACGACACACAGAAGGAAUAGGGUGUUGAUUAUUAGCAUCCAUAUCACAGGGGUUCAACGGCUUGUCAAGUCUAUUUAUGGGUUGGGUCCGCACGCCUUGGAUACCAUUUCUGGCAACGUGCGUUUUAUACCGGAUUAAUGCGCCUAAACCGUAGUAUAUUCUUUUCUUUCUUUUCGUUGGCAGGCAUCAGGAAAACACGCUCGAACCACAAAAGCCCCUAACAAAUGAGGCAUCUUGUACAUAGGUAGGGGAGGGACGGACGGCAUCAUAGUAUACAUGGGUUGGCCGGCUGGCCAAGUUGACGCCGCCGGCGAGUGGCUUUGCGGCGGACAAAGGCCUGAACUGUCUCGCCGUUGUAUCUACCAAACACAAUAAAUGACCACGUGCGUUCAUCCAGGAGCACCGGCUGUAGGCUUAUGGACUGCUUUAGAGCUUCUUGUGCCUUUGCGACUGGAAUGUAAAAAGUGACUGGUGUUGGUAUUGUAAUACUAGAGUAAAGUAGACGGAGCAACGCGACCGGCUGAGGCUGGUUCCAUGUGCUUGUUUCUUUACUUAACCGAGGUGAGUUAUCUCAAAUCCCUUUUUUCAAAAAAAGGAUUCAAGGGGGGGUUAUUCUUUG